CUGAGACGCGGCGUCGAGGGUGGGGUCUGGUGGCGACGACACCACGGAGGGAAGAGCGGAGUCGCCUCAAACCGCCAGGUGACUGCCCUUGAAGAAUAUUUGGGAAUUAUAACUGGUCCAGAAUAUGACUUGCUUACUUACCAUUUCCUGACAUGGAAGCAUUUAACACCAAUUCUGUGGACCUUGCAUUGAUUACUGAUCAGAGAUGUCUAUCCACAUGCUAUGCAGUGAUAUGCUACUCAUGUUGAAAAGGAAAUUUAAUAUGGUCUAGUAGAAUUGACCAUUGAAGAGCUUAUGAUGUCCACAGGUACAAGUGGGAAAAAAUCCCAUCAGGCUGUGAGCCUAGAAGGAGUUGACCCAGAAACAUGCAUGAUAGUAUUUAAAACCCACUGGGCACAGGUUGUAAAAAUUUUAGAGACGCAUGACCCUUUAAAAAAUAUUCAAGCAAAAUAUGGGACAAUUUCUCCAGAUGAGGCCAGCACUGUGCAGAACUAUGUAGAGCACAUGCUCUUCCUUUUAAUUGAAGAGCAGGCAAAAGAUGCAGCAAUGGGACCUAUCCUGGAGUUUGUGGUUACAGAGAAUAUCAUGGAAAAGCUCUUUCUUUGGAGUCUCAGGCGGGAAUUCACUGAUGAGAUGAAAAUUGAGCAACUGAAAAUGUAUGAAAUGCUUGUCACACAGUCUCAUCAGCAGCUGCUACAUCACAAACCCAUCCUAAAACCAUUAAUGAUGUUGCUGAGUUCUUGCUCAGGAACUACCACACCAGCUGUUGAAGUAGAGCUGGUGGUUCUUCUCAACCAGCUAUGCUCAAUCCUAGCCAAAGAUCCGUCCAUCUUGGAACUUUUUUUCCAUACCAGUGAGGACCAAGGAGCUGCAAACUUUCUAAUCUUUUCUCUCUUGAUUCCUUUUAUCCAUCGGGAAGGGACUGUUGGCCAACAGGCUCGUGAUGCACUACUUUUUAUAAUGUCUCUUUCUUCAGAAAGUUGUGUGGUUGCUUAUCACAUAGUAGAGAAUACUUAUUUUUGUCCGGUGCUAGCAACAGGCUUAAGUGGUUUAUAUUCAUCUUUGCCUACAAAGCUGGAAGAUAAUGGAGAAGAAUGGCACUGUCUUCUCAAAGACGACUGUUUACUUUCUCCAGCUCUUGUACAAUUUAUGAAUUCUUUUGAAUUCUGCAAUGCAGUAAUUCAGGUGGCACAUUCUUUGAUUCGUAACCAGCUUGUGAAUUACAUUUACAAUGGAUUUUUGGUCCCAGUUAUGGCCCCAGCUCUCCAUAAGGUGACAGUGGAAGAAGUGAUGGCUACAACUGCAUACCUAGAUCUCUUUUUGCGGAGCGUUUCUGAGCCAGCCUUACUCAAGAUAUUUCUUCGUUUCAUCCUUCUGCACCGUCAUGAGAAUGUACAUAUCUUGGACACUCUUGCAAGCCGGAUAAAUACUCCAUUUCAGCUUUGUGUGGUGUCCUUGGCAUUGUUCAAAACACUUAUCAGUUUGCAUUGUGAAGAUGUGAUGUUGCAGCUAGUUUUAAGGUACCUGAUACCCUGCAAUCACAUCAUGAUCAGCCAGAGACGAGCUGUGAAAGAGAGAGAUUGGUAUUCUGUAUCUGCUGCUAAGCUGCUUGCCUUGACUCCUGUCUGUUGUUCAAGUGGCAUUACUCUGACUUUUGAAAAGCAAGAAAAAGAUUAUAUUCUCUGGAAAAAAAAUAAUCAUGGGGAAGAUUCCACCGAAGAGCCCUCUAGGAAGAGCAUUGCAGAUUCCGCAUGUAUUGUGAAAUAUGGGAAAACUAUUGAUAUCAGUUACCUGCAGUACCUUUGGGAUGCUCAAACUCUCAUACUGCACUGUAUGAAAGAUUGUGAAGUUUGGUCUGCUCCAUAUGAUGGGGAAAAUCCCAAUCCAUAUACCUUUAUCCAAGCUUUGGUUGAAGAAGAUGGUAAAAGCCUAGCUCAGCCUAUUUUCCAACUGCAACACAGAACACCUAGUAAUCAUGUCUCUUCUCAGGUGAGACCACUGAGAGAAAAGACACAACUGGAGCUGGAAUGGGAUGAUAGCUAUGAUACUGGGAUCUCUCCAGAUUCUGAUACAGGAUCUCCCCAGCAUAAUGAUGAGUUUAAUACCCAACCUCCUGCAGAACCCCCAAAGCAUAUUCAAGAAAUGAAGAAAAAUGCUAUCAUGUUGAUCAAAGGAUCAUACAUAGAAGAAUCAGACUUUCAGGAUGAUGUCAUGGUUUAUAGGCUAUGCGCUGAAAAGGAUGCACAGGAAGCAGACCGCUUAAAGGAGAAACCUUUAAUAUCAGAAGCUGCAGAUGUAGACAAUCCAGAUGCUAUCUCUACCAAUGGUCCUCUAGAAAGUCCCACAUCGGAUUUAAACUUGGAGGAGCGCAAUAUGAAAAAUUUAAAUAUGAUCCAACAAGCAAAAGAUGAAACCCAAGGCAGCAUUGACGAAACGACUCUGCAACCUGAUUUGGAGCAGACAUUGUCUUCCCCGGAAGGAGAUCAUAACACUAACAUGAAGUUGUUGAGUCCUGACAGUGAAGAUUUUAUUUCCGAAUGUGAUAACAUCAUUAAAGAAUUGGACUCAAACUCCUCAGGCUUGGUAGAACUGAAACUGCUGAUUCCUGAUCCAGUAUCCCCUAUUGAAGAGGAAGAAGAUUUUGAAAACUUUUCAGCAGAUACUCCAUCAGCAGAAAGUGUGCCCUCUCCCUUUGGGGUAAAAGAUGCCUGGCCCAGCAACCCUGCAAGAGUCCAGAAUAUCCCAUUUACAGGCCCGUUUAUCAGCGUGGUGCUAUCAAAACUGGAAAACAUGUUGGAAAACUCCUUGCAUGUGAAUUUGCUGCUCAUUGGAAUAAUUACUCACCUAGCCAGUUACCCACAACCUCUUCUUCGUUCCUUUUUGCUCAAUACAAAUAUGGUAUUUCAGCCUAGUGUGCGGUCUCUGUACCAGGUGCUGGCAUCUAUAAAGAAUAAAAUUGAGCAGUUUGCUUCCAUUGAAAAAGAUUUCCCUGCUCUCUUGAUACAAGCACAAAAGUACCUGCUUUUACGAGUAGAUGCCCUGGAUGUUCCUUUAGAAUCAUUAAAUAAAGACAAUGGACAGCAGAAGAGUGUCACAGAAAAGGUUAAGAACCUCUCAGAGGCAUCCCAAGCCCUCCUCCAGACUUACUUGGGAAAUAAAGCAAGAAAAGGCUCUGGUCUUCCCAACGUUCCCUUUAACAUUCCAAACACCAUCCUUGCGGCAGCCCUCUUCCCAGAGUUUCUCAAGGAACUAGCAGCUCUUGCACAGGAACAUUCGAUUCUGUCCUAUAAAUUAUUGGCUGACCUUGAGGAUUACUACCCAUUCCAAAACAUUUAAAAUAUGUGCUCACAUUUGUUUUAAAUGCAGAACUACUCACGAAACAAACCGAACUCCAUAUUCCUGGUAUUACUUGAUUCAGGAGAAGUUGUUACUUUUUGGGUUGUGUCUCAAUUUCAUAAGAAAUUGAUUAGUAAUGAAGCCAAUACUUUAUUUAUGUCCUUGAUUUGGCUGACUUUCAGGUUUUCUCUUUUAAACUUUGCUGUUGUGACUCUCCGGGUUAGAAAGAUAGAGUUAUACAAACAAAGUAAAAAUCUUUUAUCUCUCUCUUUCUUGCAAAGAUUCAUUAAGUCCAGCAUGACAAUCCAAUAAGACGAUCACUGUUGAAAGGGAAGCUAGCAAUCUUCUCUCCAAUCUUCUACCUUAGCAGGGAUUAGACUUGUGAAUCCAAAUGGAUUCAGUCUAAGCCUGUGAUUUGCUGAAAGCAGAUGGUGGUGCUGAACACGUACCAUGUUGCCUUACGCUGUGGACAUGUCUGGUAUUCUAAAGCCGGGGGCGGGGGGGGGGCAAACUCGAUUUCAUUGAGGGCUAUAUCAGAUUGUGUUCAGUGAUGAAAUGUAAAAUUUGUUACUCCUGGUUCUGUGGGUAUGGCUUGGUGGUGAUGGAGUAAUGUGACUGGGUGGGCGUGGCCAACUUUUCCCUUUUUAAAAAACUUUUAAAAGCAUUUUUUCUACAACCUCUUUGGCCAAAGAGUUUGUAAAAAAAAAUGCUUUGAAAAGCCUCUGACGAUCAGGCAACUCAGCUAGGAUCAUCAGAGCCUUUUAACAUUUUUUUACAACCUCUUAUGCUGAAGAGGUUGUGGAAAAAAUGCUUUUAAAAGCCUCUGACGAUCCCAGCUGAGCCGCAUGAUCAUCAGAGGCUUUUUUUUAACUUUUAAAAGCAUUUUUUCUACAAUCUCUUUGGCCGAAAAAAAUGCUUUUAAAAGUAAAAAAAAAAAGUCUCUGAUGAUCGCGCGGGUCAGCUGGACAUGGGGGGGGGGCAGGGAUUUUUGCUACUGGUUCUCCGAACCACCCGCUGCCAUCGCUACCGGAUCGGGCGAUCCAGUCUGAACCAGGAGCAUUUCAUCCCUGGUUGUGUUUGACCUCGGGGGGCCGAAUGGGCUCCAUUUUUGCUGGGCUGUCGCAGGUGAAAACAGAGCCCGGGAGGGCUGUUCGCAGCCCUCACAAGCUCCGUUUUCACUGGCAGAGGAACCAUGGACUGAUCCUUCACUGUUUCCAGAGCAGCCCAUGGACCAGAUCUAAGCACCCCCACGGGCUAGAGUUUGACACCCCUGCUCUAAGAUGUUGACUUCUUUGACAUUUAGAUUAAAUGAGUACAGUAACUGGAUGUUAAGUGCAGACUGCAGAGUAUUUUCUUGCCAUUUCUUGGCAUUAAAAAAAAAAAAAGAUUGCUGCUAAAAAAAAACCUCAAGCCUUAUUUUAAUAAAAUUUGCACACGGUGAAAUAUUUCUAUGCAAGCUGUAACCUUUUUUUUUUUUUUGCAGAAUGUUUGUAAACUUUUGUUGACAAGCUAAAAAGCAAAGGUUUUAAUAGUCUUAGGAAUGUAAUUAUUCCUAAAAAUUGUGAUUGUAUAUUUUGUAAGUCAGUUUAAAAAAAAAUGAAAAUGUAAAUUUCCAAAUGGUUUUUAAUGAAAUUUUAUUUGGUUCAAGAAAAUCUUUGUGGUACAUUCGUACGUUGGUUAAAUCUUUUUGAUGUACACUGAUCUGUUGCAAGAUGGCACUUUAUAGACAUGGCUUUAAUAUAUUGCUCUACUAGAAUUAGAAAAAAAAAACCAAUUGUUUUCUGGGAUAUAUACAGUGCAACCUGUUACAAUUGGUGUAGAAUUCCUUAAGAACAUUUUCUUUUUUGAGUAAUGAGACUCAUUAGAAGAGUCCAGACAUGAUGAAUUGGUAUAUUAUAGCUGCAUUCCAGUUUGCACUAGUAAGAGUAAUUGUCCUUCCAGUGGUGAAGCUAACUUUGAGCAAUAAGUGGCCCAACAAUUGAAAGCCUUCGGUUUUUUUUCAUUGGUGGAAAAGAGAAGCUAUUUUAGAACAAGUGAAAAAAAAUGGGCAUAAAGACAAAGCUGGAAAAAAAUUAUUUUCAUCUGUUUUUAAAUUAUAUUUAGAAGAACUAAUAAUUGCAGGGAGAGUUUGUAAUUCCUUUGGUAAGAGUUAAUAUAGCAUCUCUAAGCAUAGAAAGUAAAGGAGAAUCUGCCUGUGUAUUUGAUUAUUCAUCAAAAUAUUGCAGGAUGUAAAAAUCUUCUUAUAUUCUGUCCUAAUUUCCAUGUUUGCUCAUACCGUAUCUCAGUUCUUUGCCUUUCCUUUGGCAAGAAGAACACUGUAGCGACUUGGGCAUCUUACAUUUUUCUUUAGACCUGAAUUUGUUCUCCAUAACAAUUCUUUUGUGUAUAAUUACUCCAGACUAAGGAAAGAACUUAAGUAAUUUAAGCGCUAUACCGAUUAGUAGUCAAUUGAAGCCAGAAUGGUUCCUUUUUGAACUGAAGGGUAAACAGUUAAAAAAUAACAAUGGAAGCAUUAUUUCGAUAUACAAGUAUUCCUCGAUUUGCAACCAUUUGUUUAGCAACUAUUCAAAGUUACAACGGCACUGAAAAGAAGUGACUUGUGAUCGGUUUUCACACUUAUGACCAUUGCAAUAUCUCCACAGUUACAUCAUCGAACUUUGGUUGCUUGGAGGCCUGCAUGUUAUCAUUUGCAACCAAUUUAGAAAGCAAAGUCAAUGGGGAAAGCUAGAUUCGAUUAACAACCCACAUGAUUCACUUACCAGCUACAGUGAUUCAUUUAACAACCAUGGCAAAAAGUUUGUAAAAUGGGGCCUGGCUCAUUUAAGAUCUGUCUUGCUUAAGCAAUGGAAAUUUUGGGCUCAAUUGCGGUCAUAAAUCGAGGACUAUUACAAUGGCAAGAUUACUAUAUGCACAAAGACGAACAGAUUUACUAUCAUGGAGGAAUGGUUGGUGAAAUUGGUGGAACUUGCCCAGAUGAUCAAACUCACUUCUUUGAUUAGAAAAAGGAUAAUAUCUACAUUUGUUGGUGACCUUAUUGAUUUUUUAACCUAGAAAACGAUUUUGUGACUUACGGUUUGAAGAUUAGAAGUUAUAGAAAAAAGGGAAAUAUGAUUUUGUCAGCAGAGAGAGGCUUUAUUAGAAUUAUAUAUAUAACUGCAGAGGAGAUUAGAAGUCACUUCUUUUAUUUUCUGUUUUUAUUAUUUUUUCUCUUCUUUCCUUUUUCACAUUUACUAAUUUUUUCUUUGAAUGUAUUUCUUAUUAUGUAUGUAAAAGCUUUUAAUAAAAACUAUUUUGAAGAAAGUAA